UAUUCGUUUGUCUGGUAACUAAGCCUAUAAUAGGACCAUUUGUUCUAUUCACAUCAGGCGUAAACCAUUCAACGGUGUCCAAAAACCAAACCUUUAUCAACUUCAGCAAAGGGAAGCAUUUUCCAGGAAAGGCUAGCCUUUGAAAAUCGCUUUCCUUCCAAACCAUCCGCGUUCAUUUCAUUCCGCAAAUUUCCACCUGAAAAUGGUAUUUGCAUAGUUGUCACGCUAAAGUCACGACGAAGCUUUGGAAAGGCGGAUAUAAAACAACUUUGACUUCGUUCCAGCCUGUUCCUCUCAGCGAGUUGCUAUCAGCUUACCUCCUAGUAAAGAAAAGUUACCUCUUGUUCAGUCUUGGAGCUUCUAAUCUACUUGGCUGAGGCAUACGCAAAGGGCAACAAAGAUGACCUUUUAUGAUGGCAUUUACCCCUUCUAUCCAACUUCAAGGACACCAGUAGUGUUCAACCCCGCCCAAAUUGUGAUCAUUCUUAUAUUUCUAGUCUUCCUAGUGGCCUUUCUCAUUAUACUCGUCGGCUUCCGGGGAAUAGAAAAACUCCACUGGUUUCUGAGGGUCAGCCUGAGCCUCUUCAUUGGUGCUGUUAUCGUUGCUGUGAAUUUCACCAAUGACUGGGAGAGAGGGUACACCACAGUGAACACAACAUAUAAGUCCUUCAGUAAUGAGAAUGUCAAGGCAGAAGUUGGGAUUCACAUUGGGUUCAAAGGAGUAAAUAUAACCCUGAGAGGACUCCCUGAGAAUCAACUGAAUGAAAUAAUCAACUACAAUGAAGAGUUUCUAUGGAUGUUUGGCCUGGACUAUGAAAGCCAGUAUCGCAAAGGGCUAGAGAGGGGCCUUCCGAACCCAAUCCUGUACAUAGCAGAGAAAUUUACUCCCAGCAGUCCAUGUGGUGUUUAUUCACAGCACAGGGUCUCUGGCCAAUACGCCUCAGCCACAAUGUGGGUGGCUCUCUGUGGUUGGAUGCUUUCUAACAUCCUUCUGUGGCUGCUGGUCUUUUUAUAUGGAGGAUACAUGAUACUGGUGACUGGCUUAUUCAUGAUCUUCUCAUUGAUCUCAUUUGGUACCACAAGGAAUACUCCACUCUGCACCAUCCAGUUUGAUGAUAUGACUUUGAAGACUUAUCUUGGGCCAUCCUUUUGGCUAACCUUAGCAACAGCUUUGCUCUGUUUAAUAACCGGGAUAUCCAUCAUAACCAUGAGCAUCUUUGCCCCGACAACCUUGGACAAAGUCUUUCUGGUAAAUGCCAGCAACAAUGAAGAAGAGAGCCAUGAAACUAGCUUUUAUAACCACACUUACGGAGACGAUGAGAAAGUUUUUCAGAGUAUGCCACUAGAGAGUUUAGAGAAGGCUGUAUAAACGAGAGUAAUCCUGCUGCAUCCACUUAUGACCAGCUCCCCACCAGAAAAUGUUAUGCUUUUUGCUUUCUCAAGAGCUUUUAUACCACGUCUGUUCAAGUACCCUACAAUUUCAAACGUUAGUCAUUGCCGACUAGAAGCGGAAAAACACAAUCUUUUUUUAGUUCAUGUUUGUUCUUGUACUUUUGCACAAAGAUAUGACUGCUGCAGCACUCGGGAGGUGAGUAGUCUGCUCAGAAGAAAUCAAAUGUAAAGCAAUUAAACCGGAGAAGACGGACACUUGUUGUUGGCUCAUCUUAGAUUCAGGAGGAAUGUAUCAAGUUGGGUGGUUGCAUUUGGAUGUGAAUGAAAUACACAUCAAUCUAAUUAAAUGGUCAAAUUUUGCAGCGAUUUUAAAAAAAAAGAAUGGGGAAGGGGAAUUCAGAGAAGAGCAUCCCAAUGGAGAACAGGACAGCGUUUUGUUUUUGAACCAGAGCUGCAGUGCAAGCUCGUGUUGCGCUGUGUUUAGAUUGUGCAGGAAUGGAGACUUGAGUUGAGUCCUACCUGUCUCUGCACUGACUGAGCCCCUUUCAUAUUGCUUAAGGAAUCCUUACAGCACAGGCAGCAACCACAAGAAGUUUCAACCUCAGUAUUGACUAUAUCCAUACUCCAGAAACCCCUCCAUUGUAGGAUUCAGUGUUCUCACCUGGAUCUCAAAAGUAGCACAGAAUGUAAUCUUUGAGGGAAAUACUUUAGGGUCCUGCAGCCAGCAGAGUUCAUAGUCCUUGACAAAAGAGAGGGGGAAAGGGCUAAUAAACUUUGACCACAAUUCAAUUCAGAUUAAUAAUAUAUUUUCUGCACUAACCUUAAAUCUUGUGCCUUUGGAACAGGAACAUUUAUUGUUAUGUAUUUCACGGUUAUUUUAGACAUGUAACGUCGCAUUUAAUAGCUUAAUGAUCCACAUAAAUGAAGGCAAGCGAUGGGGAGAGACGUGACUGUACGAAUGCAACAGCUUUCUACUAAUGCCUAGAACUUCCAACUCACUUUAACCUGUCCCCCGAACAAUUCUGCCCAACUGCAGCAGUGUAAACAACAGAAUUGAGGCACUGUCGAAGGCCGCCUGAACAGAGGUGUCAUUAUCCUUCUUAAAGGUACCUCUCCAUUUGCUGGAGUUACUGGGGGCAGCAAUGUUUUUUUUUAUUCUCCACUGUUCUCAAUCCUAACUCCUGCUUCCCGUAAACUAGUUCAUGGGAUCGUUCUUGUUGGCAAACAGCCUUGUGUAAAUGACUAAGCAUGUCCAGAACUGGGCACAUCCCAUUCUUGCCAGCUCUGCAGGAAGUUGGCAACAGUUGAGAUACAGAAUGGGUUUGACAUGAAGCGAGGUGGAAAACAUUAUCAGUUCUGGCACAUUGAUUUGUUUGGAAAGAAUAUAAUUUGCUUAAAACUCGUAGCAGGGAUGAGUAAUAUCUUAGAUAUGUGCAACAUGGAAGAAAUAAGCAGCAGUAAGUUUUGCAGUUGGCAGAUGAAAAUUAAUAUUGUUUUCUGCUUGUGAAUACAUAUACUUUAAAAGGAUGUUUACUGUUUCUUAAAAUGUUACUCUUGUUUAAAAAAAAUGCCAACAUAAUUAAAGAUCAAAGUGACCUA